CAGCCAGCUUUACUGGCUGGGUGGCUUCCAACUUCUAUUGUACUCUGCUUCUAGCUAAACUGGGUGUUUUGAAUGAAAGGCCGCGGGGGCCUGUAACAUCAUCGAAGCGAGCAUCGUUGCAAGCAUGACACAGUAGUCGCAAGACUUGACUCGUUCAUUUGGCUCAAAACAAGCUCAUUACCAUGGGCAAAGGCGACGAUGACGACUUGGACAUGGAUGCAUUGAAUAAGGAGCUCGGCGACAGCGCAGGAGACGAAUCCUACGAAAUUGAGGAUGAUGCGGACCUGAGUGGGUCAGUCGAUAUGUCCGCCAAUCCCGCGGGCGCGGGCGCCAAGUUCCCGUCUACAGGCCAGCCCGGCAGCAAGCCAACGUCCGUGACGCUCGACGAGUCGGGGGGAGACCUGUUCAGUGAGCCGAGCGAGUCCGGGGCCGGUCUAACGGGCCGCACCGACUCUAAACCGGUGGCGGCGUCCAAGCCCCCCAGCGUGCGGGCGCCUGCCUCGAAGCCCCCCAGCCGGCCCGCCUCCGUGGCACCUGAGAAGUCGGGUGCGGAGCUCAGCGGCGGCCUCAGCGGCAGCGUGUCCGCUAACGACCUGGGACCCAGCGCCUCCAAGACCCCCAGCAAGCCGCCAUCACGGCCAGGCACCGCCUCGGGCGCACGGCCCGGCUCCGCCGCCGGCACCACACCCGCCUCCGCCGCAGCGCCCGUCUCCCGCCGCAGCACCCCGCCAGCCAGUGUAGCCCCCAGUGUGUCGGGCACAGGCGUGGGAGCAGGCGGCACAGGCGGAAGCGGCGGCGGCGACGGUAACUCCAACUCAUACAACUCGGACGAGUUCGGCGACAUACUGGGGCCCAGCCAUUCGCGGGGGGAGCUGUCUCCCACCACACCCAGCGCCGCCAAGCCAGCCGCCAAGCCAGCUGCCUCUCUGGCGUCGCUGCCUCGCGCCAGUGGCGGCGGCGCGACCCCGCCACCAGGCAGCACGAGGGGGCCGGGCUCGCAGCCGGUGUCCGGGCACGCCACACCCGUGGGCGCGCCGGGCUCUGUGUCUGGCGCCGUGCCUCCGUCGCCCCACCACGUCACCUUCUCCCCCGACACCAGCCUGCGGCCGCCGCAGCCGACCGACUCGCCUGGAGCUUCACGGGUGGGGCGGCUGGGACCGGGGCCGGGCCUGCAGCACAGCGGCAGCCGGCGCACGCAGACGCGCUGCGACAUCCCCACGCCCUUUGAGCUGUUCCGGCUGUACGACAAGGACAACAACGGCUCAGUGGCUCUGGCGGAGUUCAGCCGCAUGCUCCGCGACCUGGAGGGCCGCCCACACCACUUCCCGCAGGAGGAGGACCCCGAGUGGAGGCUGGAAAAGGCACAGGCGCGCAAGAAGCGGCGGGAGGCGGCUCUGGCUGCGCUGGAGUCCAAACUCACCGCCGCCACUGAGCAGCCCUCCACACCCCGGGAGGCCCUGGAGGAGAUACACACGGCCAUGGCCCGGGUGAAGCAGGAGCUGGCGGAGGAGGCUGCCAAGGUGGCGGCGGAGGAGGUGCUGGUGGCGGAGCUGAAGGCGCAGGGGGAGCUGACGCCGGAGCUGAGGCGCGAGCGGGAGGAGUGGCGGCGCUGGGUGGCGGCGGAGUUUGACCGGGCGGACCUGGCCGGCGGCGGCGAGAUGUUGUCCAUUGAUGAGUUCUACAUGUACUUCUACGGCAAGCUGUGUUUCCGGUUCCCCGUCACACGCACCGGCGUCAACCCAGGCGCUGCGCUGUUCAACAUCUUUGUAAAGUACUGCAGCUUCGGCCGCGGCGCCGUGGGCGGGCGCAACGAGGACAUGCUGAGCCACCAGUUCGCCAAGCUGUGCAAGGACGCGGCGCUCAUCAACGGCAAGACAGUCACCAAGGCCACUGUGGACAUCAUAUACCACAGGUCUCGCGCCGCGGACGAGGCCCUGGAGACGUACGUGCACAAGGCGGGCGUGGCGGCCACUGCGCGCAUGUACUACCCGCAAUUCCUGUUCGCACUCAACAAGCUGGCUGAGAAGCGCAAGAGCGGCUUCCAGGAGGUGGUGGCGCUCAUCCUGCAGGCCGUGGACGCACUGCCCGAGCCCAGCUUCGCGGACUUUGUGGUCAUGAGCGGACACGAGCUGGAGCGGGGGGAGGAGCUGCCCGAGUACCUGCUGCGGCCCCGCGCGCUGCCCAGCAACUCCAAGGCGCUGCGCAGCCGUGCCGACAACGACCUGCUGAGGAAGAUGAAGGAGGAGUCCCAGCUGGCUCUAGCUCUGAGCACGGGGGCCCUGGCUGCGGCCAUCCGCGCCCAGGACGGCUACGGCCCCCCGCCCGGGGAGGCCAGCAAGGCGCUCAAGGCGCUCGUGGACGCCAGGCGCGCCAAGGGCCCGGCGGGCGAGAUGGAGGACGUGGUCUUGGCGCCCGACGGCGACGGCGAGGGCGACGGCGAGGGCACUAAGCGGGGCGGCGAGGGCGGGGCGCCAGGCGCCAAGCCGCAGACCCUGACCGGCAUGCUGGGGCAGAGCCAGGAGGGGGCUCCGGGCCGGCGGCUGACACGUGACGAGUCGGGCGUGUCCCAGUCGGCAGGGCUGGGCGGCACGGGCGUGCCGGUGCGCGGCAGUGUUUAUGCGGGCCUGCCGCCGCCCGACCUGACGGAGGAGGCCCUGCGGCGCAAGGACUGGGAGCAGCCCGAGCCGCAGCCGCUGGGCCAGUGGCGGCAGUCGCUGGCGGCCAGUGGGGUGCACCCGGUGCACAGCGCGGACAUGAUGCACCAGGUCCGCGGCCUGGACCCGGACACCCUCAUGGCGUCCCUGAAGCGCGUGUUCGAGACGUACGCGGGCUGGGGCGGCGGCGUGGACCGCGGCGCCCUGGACCGGGUGCGCUGGGGCAAGGUGCUGCGGGACUGCCUGCUGGUCAGCGAGAGCGGCCCGCUGCCGGCGCGCAAGGCCGACGCGGUGUUUGGCAAGGUGCUGCCCGUGAGCAGCAGGGCGCUCAACUUCAUACAGUUCAUCGAAGGCCUGCGGCACGUGGCGCUGCACCACCGCCUGGCGCUGAACGAGGUCAUGGAGCGACUGGUGGCGGUGGGCGGGCCGCGGGCGGGGGCGUAGAAGCUGCGGAGGCAGGCAGGCAGGCAGACAGGCAGGCAGGCAGGGAGGGGGCAAGAGCAGGCGGAGGCGGAGGCAGGCGGUCUGGUGUUGUGCGGGUGGCUCAUGUGAUGUGGUGGUGGUGGUGGGGUCUGAGCAGGAUGAACGGCUGAGGCCAGCUGGCCGUUGGCGGAGACGUCUGUUGGCUGGUGAUGAGCACCCCGUUUUGGUGCAAGCUAAGAGGGCAGUGGACUUGACAUGAACUGCACCGGGCGGGGUUGGGCAAAGAAUGGCACGGCAGGUAGGCGGAGCAUGAUAACUGACAUGACAUGACACGGUUGGAGGUCUGACCACAUUGUGACGUGACCCGACAACGGGCGACACUUGCAACUGUCCAUCAAGCU